AAGAAUUUCAAUGCCAUAACAUGUGUCUCAUGCAAAACCAUAUUCCGGAGGAAUGCAUCCAAAUAUGAGACUUUUAAGUGUUAUUUCAACAACGAUUGCGUAAUCGAUGUGUUGAGGAGAAAGUUUUGUAAGAAAUGUCGACUCAAGAAGUGUUUCGAUGUCGGCAUGAAAAGGGAGAAUAUUCUGAAUGAAGACGAGAGAAGAUUGAGACAAAAUAUGAUACAAGAAAACAGAAGGAAAAGACAAAUGAUUUGUGAGGCGCAGAGUGUGGUCAUUGAUUCGACCACAUCUGAUACCUCGAGCAGUUUUCAUGAUAAACUCCAGAUUAGUACCAAGCUUACUAAAAACUAUGAUAUUGACAACAACUGCCCGCCAUAUGAAACACCCGAAUAUAACUAUAAGCUAAAAGCUAUUGAAUACCAAUAUUUAGUCUCGCAGUCCAUCGAU